AAUAAUAUAACCUUACAUUCAUUACACAGCAGUUAUGUUAUUUUAAUUUACUCGAUUACUCUUUUGUAUUCCAAUUGCUAAUGUAAAUAAACUUUAAAUUUAAUUUUUAUAUAGUAAUAUAAGUGAAGUAAUAAAAAUGGUACAGAAAGCAUUAUUUGUCUGUUUAGGCAAUAUUUGUCGUUCUCCGAUAGCUGAUGCUAUUUUUCAACAUUUACUGAAAGAAAGAGGAAUAGCAGAUCAAUGGGAAGUUGAUAGUGCAGGUAUAGGAGGAUGGCAUGCAGGGAAUCGUCCAGACUCUCGUGCUAGAAACGUUUUAAAGAAGUAUAACAUAGAAUACAAUGGACGUGCCAGACAGAUCGAAGAUGAAGACUUCCACGAAUUUGACUACAUAUUCGGAAUGGAUGAAAAUAACAUUUCCAAUCUACAAGAUCAAGCGCCUAUCGGCAGUAAAGCAAAGAUAUUGCUUUUAGGGGAUUAUGAUCCGCAAGGUGAAAGGAUAAUCAGAGAUCCCUAUUAUGACCGUGGUUCCGAGGGUUUUGAGGUAUGCUAUCAGCAAUGUCUUCGCUCAUGUAAAGCAUUCUUAGAUCAACUUGAGCAAUAAAAUAUAUAUCGUCAUUUGUUUUCUUGGGUGAUAAUGUUACGUAACCAAAAUAUAUCGUUUUAAUAAACUAAACAGCAUA